AUGGUCCAAUUCACUCAUUUUCUCCUGGUCGCCGCCGCCUUUUCCGCAAUCCCUUCAACGCUCGCAGGCCGAACGAUGAAGCGAGUCUGCAAUCGCAAGCAUACCGACAUCAACUUGGUCCUCAACACCACAGUACACGCCAGCCCCGCCAAAGCAAACACCGCUUCGAGCCUGACGCCGAACGGGAUCAAGGCGGGACUCUCUGCUGGCGAUGCCCUCGCUCAGCUGAAAGACCACAUCGGAUGGUGGUACGACUGGUCGCCCACCCCGCGCAAGGCCGGCUCUCCCAUCGGCGUGCCCAUGCUAUGGGGCGACGGCACGGCGGACGCACAAGACGCCAAACGAUACGCCCAAUUCAAGAAGCUCGCCUCCCCGCCGCCCUACGUCCUCGGUUUCGAAGAACCAGACUGUGAAGGGAACGGCUCCGCUGGGAUGUCGGUCGACGACGGCGUCUACCAGUGGGAGAAGAUGAUCGCCCCUUUGAAGGCCUCGGGAACCAAGCUCGGGAGCCCCGCGAUGUGCAAGCAAGCCGACGAAACGUGGUUGGCGCAGUUCAAUAAGAAGGUCAAGACGCCUUGGGAUUUCACCGCUAUCCACAUCAACAAGGACAACAUGGCGGGCGUCCAGAAGGAUCUUGACCACUACUGGAACACCUACAAGAAACCAAUCUGGGUCACCGAGUUCGCCUGUGUCAACGACCACAACACCUUCAUACCAUGUACCGAUCAAGGCAAGAUCAACACCUUCAUCAAUCAAAUCGUCGACCUCCUUCAGAAAGACUCCAGAGUAGUGGCAUACGCAUACAGCAAUGGCUUGGGCCUCGGAAAUGUUUGGCCUAUGUGGAGAAAUGGUCAACUAAGUCCAUCUGGGCAGACGUACCUCAAUGCCAUCCGCAAAUAUCAUUAA